AUUGGAAGCUAUGGAGACAAUUUUGAAAGAGAGUUGACAUGUUGGGACGAUCGUUAAAUCGGGUCGAGAAAACGCGUAUGAAAAAAGAAAAGAUAAAAGAAAAGAAAAUGGCGCGCAUAAAAGCGAACCCUAAUCACCACCGCUUUCUCGUGCUUGCACAACAACAUGUAGUUUGGUAAGCGAAUAGAUAUUGUACUUCCGACACACUAUUAACCUAUCUUUCACUUACGAUCUAAUGCCAAAACGAGUAACAAUAAACCAUCUACAAGCCACGAUGUCAGUUUAAUUUCCGGUUGAUAAUAUUUCUCUGGAUAAUCGCGCUUUGUGUCUCCUUCUUCCAAUGUGAAAGUAUAAACCGGUCAUAAACGUCAAAUAAUAAAUAUAUAUCAACGAUAUUAAAAGUCGUCGGUGAAAACGUUCGAUCGAUAAUUGAACAUUUAUAAUUUCGAUGAAACAUUUCUCAUUUCGAGUCGUAAAAUUUCGUCGGGCUAACAUAUUUCCCUUCGUUUUCGUAAGAUAUUUGAUUUAAAACGAUGAUUCACGAUGAUACAUUAUUCAAAACGUUAUCACAUAUAUUUAUAUAUGUACUUGUGUGACUCACGUAAUUAUAUGUACGUAAGUAAACACGUUUAUUUUUCGAGUAAGAUAACAAAAUAAUUUGUCCUACGUAAAGAGGGCGCGUCGGUAACUAUUUCGAAACGACGAAAGCGCUUACCAACGAGAAUUCUUUUUAGGUUAGUUUUCAAUAACUUAACGUUGAUUCGAGAAUUUUUAUCCCAUCGUAUUAUGUCGAAAUACGCGAGGAGACAGCAAUACGCACUGUACAACGCGUUCGUAUUAAAUAAAAUUCCAUAUGCAAGCACCGACCGAUCGAUUCUAAAACAACGACGAGGAAUAAGCUGACGACGAACAAUUGUUGGGCGGUGCUUGCUUCAGCCAUGGCCCUUACACGUUCUACAAAGCCGUUAGGAUAGGAAAUGGACGAGUCCUUCGACUCGGCAAUUUCUUCCUGACGAAACUUUGGAGCGACGCCGACCUCGUAAGCAUCGGUGAGCUUCAGUUACUUUGGAUGGACAGCCGUGGACCGAAUCAACCGUUGGCAUCGUUACGACUCUAUUUCCUUCCGGAGAACACCCCGGAUGGUCGUAGGGAUACGCAUGGAGAGGUACGGCAUAAGAACUUGUCCAAGUUUUAUAAUUUCUUCGAUUUGGAAAAACGAUUAAACGUUAAUACCUUGACGAUUUCUAACACGCGAUCGCAAUUCGACGAGGUGUUGACGAUAUCCGAAAAAGUUGUUGUCCGUGUUCACGACUUGGUUACCUGGUUAUCACCUACGUUGGAAUGGUCGUGGGGCCGUGAAAUUUUUUACCCGAGUUCACCAACACCAACAUCCUCUCCUGAGAGCAGUCCACCGAGAUACGAAAUUCCUCAACCCCAGGUGUUGACCGAUCCUGGAAUUGAUUUUUCUGACGUUGACAAACAACAAAAGGAAUAUGAGAGCAAUAUAAGUUCUUCGAAAAAAUCCGAUUGUGACGGUCAAACCAAAGUGGUUGUACUUUCGUAUCCGAGGUAUUGUAGAUAUCGAGCACUUUUACGAAGAUUGGAAGGUGCAGAACCUUCCUGGCUUUGUUCUUCGGUAGCUGCUGCACUCGGUGGAUUCACUGCUACACCUGGAACGCGCGUACUCUUCUGCAGAGAUACCUUUGAUUAUCCCGACUUGGAGACUCAUGAACUACUCUGCAACCAUUUAGCGCCUAAAUUGAAAGGACGGCCACGAAGGAAACGUAAAAAGCGAAGUGCUUCACCUGGUGAAUCCAGUAACGAGAGUGAAGCUUCGGUUGCUUCUUCGUCAAAAUGUGCAUUGAGCAAUUCGAGUCAACAAUUGAUACCAGCUCCUGUUGGAAGGCCACCAUCUGCGGGUGUACGUCGAAGCGAACGCAAAACAAGUGCCGAAGAAAAAAAAUUUAUGGUCGAUGUACAGAAUUUCAUGAGUUCACGAGGCACACCAGUUGGAAAAAUGCCAUUGUUGGGAUACAGGCAAAUCGAUCUGUUCCUGUUUUACACGAAGGUACAGACACUCGGUGGAUACGAUUCCGUUAGCGCUGGACGUCUCUGGAAAACCAUUUACGAUGAUAUCGGUGGAAAUACAGGAUCCACCAGUGCUGCUACUAUAACUCGUAGACAUUACGAAAGGUUGCUUUUGCCUUAUGAAAGGUAUCAAAGAGGUGAGGAACCCAAAGUGAGAUUAACACACGGUAGACGUACGAAAACGAGUAGUAUAUCUGAAAGUCCGGUGGAUGGGGAUCAAGAGACCAGCGACUCGCGUUCAUCGGAGACACCACCGUUGGUUGAAACACCACCUGUAAACACUACUCCACCUUUGCAAGCAGUUUUAUCGAGCUCGUCAUUCCCAUCGAACGAGAAACCGAAAUCAGAAGUUGGAAAGACAUCCUCUUUGCGUAGCGUGAGAGUUAAACCGGAACGUUUGAAAUCAUUGAAUACAAUAAUCGCCAACAAUACAGCACCAACCAGCCAACAAACCAAUCAACUGCCAAGUCCUCCUCCGUCAUCGAACACGCCAAUUUCGACUCCGAGUAGUACACCUUCCACGACGCCUACGAUCGUAACCGGGAAUCAAAGUGUUCUCGAAAGGCAAUUAAACAGUCCUCUCGUGUCCCAACAAGUACCACCGUCUUGUUCGUCUCCAGGAUUACCAGUGAGCACAGUAGCCAUGAACGCAUCGACGGUAGUAACGUUGACGCCGCCACCUGAAAAAGAUAUGAAAGAGAUUAAAUUAGAUCCUAAGCAAACGACUCUGCUGGCACAGGGUAAGGAGAACAUACCGUUGUUCGGUGAGAAGCCAAUCUUCACGGAGAAGGCGAUAGUACCGCCGAGAUCACCCGAGGUGAUCGAUCUCGAAAAUGAAAGUGAUACGAGUAGGGAUAAGAUAAUAAUACCAAGUUUUAAAAAACGAAAAUUAGAAAUAUUGCGAGAGGGCGGUCUCGAAGUUACAGCCGUUGAUCUUGAUGCAAGACCGAGCGUGAUUCAGAGCAACGUAGCGGCUGUUCCGCCUACGGCGAAACCCGACGAUAAGUUACCGUCGUCUUAUCCGCUUUCCGUUACUCCGAAUUCGGUACCGAAACUUAUAUCCGUUACCGUGACACCCGACAUAGGACAUAUGUUGCCAUCACCUCAGGAGAAUCAGACCAAUCAUCAACAGCCUCGGUUUCAGUCCCAAGGAAAACAACAUCCCGUCCAUUACAAUAACAAUAAUACUACGACGAACAACAAUAAUACGACGAACAGUAAAGUUAUUAAUCUUGGUAGUUCGAACAAUGCUGGAUUGUUGCAGUUAUACGCGAAUGCGAACAUGGUACCAGCGUCGGCAACCCAGAUGGUUAAUUCCAAUCAUCGUUUUCUACCACCGAACGUUCCUAACGGGAGAAUAAUAUUACCACCGAAGGUUACGCAGUCGAGGUCAAUUUUCGCGCACAACGAAAAAACUGUAUACGGAAAUCCAAAAGACAUUCUAAUUUCUCCAAAGUAUCGUCCUACGCAGCAGCGGAUACAGCCACAGCCGAUGAUCGGUAACAGUGACUUCAGUGGAAACGUUGGGGUUCUCGAUCUAACGCAAAAGCCAACCGAAAAGGCAACUUUCUCAAGACCGAGUCUAGAGAUAGUUAGGGUACCUGUAGUGCCGAGGCCUAAUCCGCUCAAUUUAGAAAUGAGGAAAUCGCCGACGAUUAAAGAUAAGCCAACCGAUUGUACGACGAAACGAGCGUCUUUUCCCGGUUAUCAAACUGUUCUCGAUAGUCGGACUAUGGCAUCGAAUAAUUUAGAAAUCACAUUAGUCAAUCCUAAACUAAAAACUAAUAAUCAUAGCAGUGUACCGUCGUCUCACGUGCAAAUACCGAGCCCACCUAACAGAACUAGUAACCAUCCUUCGGUAACACAAAGGAGACAAAUUAACGGGAAAUAUGCGGGAAGAAACGAACCAGUGUCGCCGUAUACACCAAGGAAACCCACGCAUCCCGUAAUACCCAAUGUACCUAAUCUAAAUCAUCUGAAUAGUGUGAAUUCUUCUUAUCCUAGGAUGACUAACAACGUUCAACAACAAAUAGGUAUAGAUAGAAGGAAAACAUGCGAGGCUGGCAAGGAUCAGCAACGUAGAAUUAGCGACGGUGAUAAACCUGUAGUGUUGCAAUCACAACAGCAGGACGUAAGACAGACCACAGAGAUUGGACGGCGUCACAGUGUACCAAGUAUACCCUCCGGUUUUAUACCCACUGUGCCACCAAGCAAUCCAGCUUUUCUUUCGCAACUGCCAAACACUCCAGGCAAGUUCCUACCAAUAUUGGACCCCAUGUACUACUCUGCCAUUUACAAUGGCUUGUUUCCACCUCCGAUACCGCCUGCAGCUGCAACGUCCUUUCUACCACCGGAGUUCAGCGCUUACUACAAGGAACUAUUAGCUUCCUCGCAACCAAGACUGGGGAUGGCAGGUCAGCAUCAACCUGCUGUACCGACAUCCAAAUAGACAAUGGGAUCUCGUCCAGCAUAUCUGGUCUAAUUAAAAAAAUUGGAUGGUGGCUUAAUUUUUAAAGACAUGAUCCGUCGGACUUCCUUGUUGUAAAUAAGUGUUGAAAGUAUUCAUGGAAUACCGAGAACAGAAUUAGUGCGAAGAUAGAAAUGCGGCAUAGUAUAAUAAUUGUGUCAUUUUUACCACCCGUACGUCACGUUACUUCUUUCAUUAUGAUAACGAAACGAAAAAUAGGACUGUUCGAACCGAUACGUACCGAUCGAAGAACUUUUUCAGAAAAAAGAUGAACAUUUUUUUCGAAUUUUCUUAUACCAGCAAAAUGUGUUCUUUCUUUUUUUUUCUCUUUUUUUUUUUUUUUUGUUCUCUUUUUCUUCUCCUUCCUCUUCUUUUUUCUUUUUUUCA